ACAGCUGUCAACAGGGAUUACCGGAAAGGACUGAGCGGCGGUAAUGUGUGUAAUAGUCCUCAAACAUGAUUUCUGGGUCUGUUUACGCGAUAUUCGCGGGUUUUCUGGGUGCAGCUGCCUCCCUGUCCGCCAAGCUGUCCCUCGGUGCAGACUACCUGAGAGACAUAUGUGUUUCCGGACUCAGUGGCUGGACUGAGACACACGGAGGGACUGCAGCCUGUGACUGGCUCCAUAUCCCGCUGCGGCUGCUGUGUGGAGGCCUGCUGUUCACCUGCAACGCCGUCAUGUGGACCUUCUUCUCCAAGGCUCUCAGACACUGCUCCUCCUCAGCCAGGGCCACAGUCACCACCACUGCAUUCAACUUCAUCUCCUCAGCCGUCAUGGGGAGGCUGAUUUUUGGAGAGAGUCAUGCAGCUCUGUGGUGGGUGGGAAUCUCUCUGACUCUGUGUGGACUGCUGCUGCUUCAUGGAUCCACACCUCAGACACUCCUGCAGGAGGAGGACAAAAAGGACAAGUAAUGUAGCUGUGACUGGUAGCACGCUAGGGCUCCUGCUCUGCAGUCACAGCGACAGAAAAGUGGAAAUGUUGAAGUAAGUGCAAUUUAAACAGCAGAAUAUGUUGCACAGAGCUUAUUCAAGACCAUUAAGUUAUCAGCUCAGAGUAAAGUGUGCUCUGAUUGUCUGUUUUUUCUUUAUUAUUUUUUUUAUUUGUAACUUUAAAUUUAAACUUACAUUUUGGCCUUCUUCUUCUUGUGCUGCCCUUCCAGGCUUUUUACUGCAGCUUCUUUCAGGCCACAUGCACACAAAUAUGUUAAGUUUUAAAACACCGUUUUAAAGAUAAAACAAAAACAUGAGGAGAAGACAACAAGCACCCGAGGCACACAUGACUCAAAAACUUGCACAAAAAAAGUAAAAACGUUACAAGAAAACUAACUGAAAAUUAGCAAAAAAACAGUGCUGAAAAGU